AUCCAGACUCGUAACAGCUACGCCGCGGAUCUACACAGACAGACGCCGACUUAACACUUGGACAAAGGAGCUCAAAGUAAAAAGUUGUGAGCGUCAGCUGCAUUUCUUGCUGUGUUGUGUUUAGUUGUAUUGUUGCCAUGGAGCUCUGGUUCUUGGUUCUUCUUCUGGUUCUUGGUUGCCUAGCGAUCUACGUGGUUCUAUCAGUGUUCCUGCUGAGGAACCCUCAUCUCCUCCACCAUAAGAUUCACCUGCAGUUCUCCGCACGGAACAUCGCGCAUAGAGGAGGGUGUGGAGAGAAGCUGGAGAGUACCAUGGAGGCGUUUAACCAUGCUAAAGCGGUGGGGGCAGACAUGUUUGAGCUGGACUGUCACAUGACUAAGGAUGGUCAUGUGAUCGUGUCACAUGACGGGAACCUGCUGAGGCAGACGGGGGUUGACGUCGACAUCUCCUCUCUCAACCUGCAGGACCUUUCAGGACCUUCAGGACCCCUCUACAAAGAGAAUCUGGAGGUCACCUUCAACAUCGGCCACUACAGCUCAGGAGAGGACAGGAGGUUUGUGUUGCUGGAGGACGUCUUCAAGGCCUUCCCCUCCAUGCCCAUCAACAUUGAGGUCAAAGAGGACAACGACCAGCUCAUACAGAAGGUUGCAUCUCUGGUGAAGUCAUAUGGGAGAGACGCCAUCACAGUUUGGGCCUCUGAGAGAGAUAACCUUAUGAACAAAUGCAGGGAACAGAACCCAGACAUGCCGUUCAGCUUCACCAUAGAGCGUAGUCUGCAGCUGCUGAUCCUGUUCUACACCGGCCUGCUGCCAUUCAUAUCACUUAGAGAAACACUACUGCAGUUCUACCUACCACGCAUCUUCAACAGGAAAUACACCCCUGAGCACAGAGAGCUGAGGACCAGACUUGGAGCCUUCCUUUACGACAAGCUGACCAUGAGGAAGGCUCUAUUUGAACACCUGGUGAAGAGGGGCAUGCAGGUGCACCUGUUUGUGUGUAACGAGGACAGUGACAUCCAGGCUGCGUUUGACGCCGGGGCGACAGGCGUGAUGUCAGACUACCCAACACUCCUAUCUGAUUGGCUGAGGAGACACCCUGACCCUGUCCCGGCCAUCGCUGAGGCCGAGAGGAAGAAGAACUGCUAA